UGCGCAUUGCAACAUUUUGGCGACGAGGAAAGUGAAAUUACCCCGCAAUUUCACCCGCGAAACGAACGCGCAGCACGAUGGACAAGGAGUUUAAGGCGAUGUUCCAGCAGCUGAUGGAGUCGCAGCAGAAGCUCAUCACCGAACUGGCCAUGUCCCGGACGGCACCAACGACGACGCCCGCGCCUGGUACGUCGACGACGGAUGCUCGUAUGGAAGCUCUUGCCAACUCCAUGACGGAGUUCCACUACGAUCCGGAAUCUAACCUCACAUUCGAGAACUGGUACGCCCGCCAUGAGGAUACCCUGAAGUGUGACGCUGCCGGUUUGGACGAUGCUGCCCGUGUUCGUCUCCUGCUUCGUAAACUCAGCGACGCCACCCACGCAGAGUACAUGAACCACAUUCUGCCGAAGAUGACGAGGGAUUACAAGUUCAGCGAAACUGUGGACAACCUGACGAAGCUGUUCGGCGCUCACGUCUCUCUCUUCUCCAAGCGGUACCACUGCCUCACGCUGACCAAGAGGGCCUCGGUCGACUUCCAGUCGUACGCCGGGCAGGUGAACCGCUGCUGCGAGGAUUUCGGUGUGGCCCAGUGCAGCGUCGACGCAUUCAAGUGCCUCAUAUUCGUGUGUGGCCUACACAACAAGCAGGACGCUGAGAUUCGUACAUCUCUGCUGGCGAAGCUGGAAGGAAACGCGAACAUGACCCUGGACAACCUCACUGCUGAAUGUCAUCGCAUCAUCAAUCUCCGCAAAGAUGCGUCUAUUGUGGAGGUCUCAAGUGACAAGUCAUCGGUGAAUGCGAUCACCCACGGCCGUUCUGACAGCACACGACACUCAUCAGCUGAUCAGAAGUCCGCUGCAACACGAUCGCGCUCCCCACACAACUCCAACAACAACAACCCACACAUUAGCAGCAACAGUCGUGGUGGCAGCAGCAAAAACAAUAACAAACCACGAACACCGUGCUGGAAGUGUGGCGAGCUGCACUACGUGGAGUUUUGCCAGUACUUGAACCAUCUCUGCCGGGAUUGCAACCGGGACGGUCACAAGGACGGGUACUGCCAGUGUGUGCGGUCGAAUCCAGGUAAAAAGCGUCGCGAGAAGUCCAGCCAGCCAGUGCACACCAGGGGGAUCUACGUGAGACAGCUAGCUGUUCACCGCAACCGAAAGUUUGUGACCGUGGUGAUUAAUCACGUCGAGCUUCAACUCCAGUUGGACUGUGCUUCCGACAUCACCGUCCUCACGGAAGCCAGCUGGAACCGCAUCGGACGACCACCAAUGGAGCCACCGUCGCAGCAAGCUCGGACUGCUUCCGGACAGCCGCUGGACCUGAUCGGCGAGAUCGUCUGUGACGUCACGCUGAAAGGCCUCGACUUCAUCGAUCUCUUCAACCUGUGGGAUGUCCCCUUGAGCACGAUUUGCAACCUGGUGACAUCAUCGAAGGACAACGUGGAGUGGCUGAAAGCCUCGUUCUCGCAGCUGUUUUCCGACUCACUCGGAUGCUGCAAGAAGGCUGAAGUGAAACUUUACGUUUUGCCAGACGUUCAGCCAGUGUUCCGUGCCAAAAGACCCGUGCCGUUUGCCGCCCUGCAGCCGAUCCAAACCGAGCUAGAACGCCUCCAGAAGCUGGACAUCAUCUCGCCGGUGGAGUUUUCGGACUGGGCUGCCCCCAUCGUUGCCGUCAAGAAGAAGUCCGUCAACGGUGAGCCAAACAAAGUGCGAGUGUGCGCGGACUACUCGACUGGACUAAACAGCCUCAUCCAGCCAAACCAACAUCCGCUGCCAUUGCCCGAGGAGAUUUUUGCCAAGCUUACGGGUAGCAAGAUCUUCACGCACAUCGACCUGUCGGACGCGUACCUGCAGGUGCCCGUCGAGAAGGAGUCCAGACAGUACCUGACGAUCAACACUCACCUGGGCCUGUUCGAGUUCAACCGCUUGUCGCCCGGUGUCAAGUCAGCCCCUGGCGCCUUCCAGAAGAUCGUCGAGUCGAUGGUCGCUGGCCUCGCCGGAGUGGAGGUUUACCUCGACGAUGUGCUCGUCCAUGGCAGAACACCAGAAGAACACCGCUCACGUUUGCUGAAGGUCCUGGAACGCAUCCAAGAGUGGGGUUUCACCCUGCGCAUCGAGAAAUGCUCGUUUUUCAUGCCGGAGAUCACCUAUUUGGGAUUCAUCGUCAACAACCGAGGAAUCAGGCCGGACCCGUCCAAGACGUCCACCAUCUGCCGCAUGCCACCCCCGCAUGAUGUCAGCAGUUUGCGUUCCUUCCUCGGUGCGAUCAAUUUCUACGGAAAGUUUGUUCGCAACAUGCACGACCUCCGACACCCACUCGAUGCUCUGCUGCGCAAGGAUGCCAAGUGGGACUGGAACGAAAGCUGCCAGGAGUCGUUCGAGCAAUUCAAGAACCUGCUCCGGUCGGACCUGCUUUUGGCGCACUACAACCCUGAGCUGGAAACUAUCGUCGCCGCUGACGCGUCCAACUACGGUGUCGACGCGUGCUUAAUGCAUCGAUACGAUGACGGCUCGAUCAAGGUGGUGUGUCACGCGUCCCGGACGUUGACGUCGGCCGAGCAGAACUACGGUCAAGUUGAGAAGGAGGCUUUGGCGCUGAUCUUCGGUGUUACCAAGUUUCAUCGCUUCAUCUGGGGACGGAGGUUCACACUUCACACCGACCACAAGCCGCUGGUCGCCGUGUUCGGGUCCAAGAAGGGAAUCCCGGUUCACACCUCCAACCGUCUUCAGCGAUGGGCGCUGAUCCUGCUGUCCUACGAGUUUGACAUCGAGCACAUCUCAACGCAAGACUUUGGCUAUGCUGACAUGCUCUCGAGACUGAUGGACGCGCGGAUCAAACCGGACGAGGAUUUUGUGAUCGCCGCAAUCCAGCUCGAGGACGAACUUGCAGCGGCCAUGGACGAAGCACUCAACAUCCUGCCAGUAACCUUCAAGCACCUACAAGUGGCCACAAGCAACGACAAGCUACUGCAAGACGUCAUCAAGCAUGUCCAAUCUCGCUGGCCCGGGGCAAUCAAGCUGGUCGAUGCUGAACUUCGCCCGUUCUACGCGCGAAAAGACGCUCUCUCCGUUGUUCAAGGGUGUCUCAUGCUGGCUGACCGCGUUGUUGUUCCCCAGCAGUACCAGCAGCAGGUGCUCAAGGCUCUCCAUCGAGGACACCCAGGUCAAGAACGCAUGAAGAAGGUGAUGCGAAGUCACGUGUACUGGCCAGGUGUGGAUCAAGACGUGGACGACUUCGUUCGUUCGUGUCACGCCUGCGCUGCGGUGGCCAAGGCCCCCACCAAAACUCUGCUGUCGUCGUGGCCCCUAGCAGAGCAUCCUGGCAGCGCCUCCACGUGGAUUUCGCUGGUCCUGUCGAGGGUCACUACUUUCUGGUGAUAGUG